AUGAUACUCGGCCUUCAGAAAAAUCAGAAUAACCAAAUACCAAAGUUUGCUGAUCAUGCUCUAGUUUUUAUGUUGAGAGGAAUUGCUAAGAAGUGGAAACAGCCGUAUGCUUAUUAUUAUAGCACCAGCACUAUUCAAACAGUUGAUUUAGUGUCCUACUUGAAAGACGUUGUCAGAAGUGUAAACAAAACUGGUCUUAAAAUUGUAGCAACUGUCUGUGACCAGGGAGGAACAAAUCAAGCUGCAAUCAAUUAUUUGAUGUCUGAAACUUGCAAAAAUUAUACAGAACGUAAUACGGAAAAAACAAAUUUAGGUUUUGAAAUUGAUGGCCAGGAAAUAAUACCAAUUUUUGAUCCUCCACAUUUGUUAAAAUGUAUAAGAAACAACUUAUUUAAUAAAGAUGUAGUUUUUGACAUGGAUGGUAACACUUAUACAGCGUCUUGGGAUCAUAUUGUUGCUAUGUAUGAUUUCGAUAAGAAAAAUGAAGAAUUUGAACUAAGAACCCUUGUAAAAUUAAAUGACAACCACAUUAACAUUGCCAGAAGCAAAAUGAAGGUUUCGAAUGCAGCACAAGUCUUCAGCCACAGAGUAGCUUCAACAAUGAAAUUGGUAUCUGAUAAUGCCCCUAAAGGAAGUUUGCUGGCCAAUGCUGUAGGCACAGCCAAAUUUUGUCUAUUCAUGGAUAAGACAUUUGAUUCAGUAAAUGCCAGGACAAUCAAUCCUGAGUUGGGAAAACCACUACGAAGUGCAGUAACAGAUAAAUCUCCCCACAUAGAUCACUGGAAAUAUGCAAUUAAGGUUUUUGAAUCCAUGAAGUUUGUCAACAAAACUAACGGUAAAUCUACUAUACCCCCUUGUAUCAAAAACUGGAUAAUAUCUCUAAAAUCAUUUCUAUACCUUUGGAUUCAACUGAAAAAACAUAAUUUUAAAUAUUUCUUGCCAAGGCAUGUAAACCAGGAUUCUUUAGAAUGUUUUUUCGGUAGUGUCCGAAGUCAUGGUGUCAGAAAUAUUAAUCCAGAUGCAUAUCAAUUUGUUUGUUCAUUUAAAACAUUAUUGAUAAACAAUUUCACAUCCAUAAAAUCUGCUGGGAAUUGUGAACACGAUGACAGUGAUGGAACAUUGGAUAAUUUAAAGCAAUUUAUUGAAAGUGGCACAAAUUGUUCAUUGAAAGAACCAGAAGAAAAUAAUAUAAUUAAUAUACCCAUGUUUGACCUACCAAAUACAUUUGAUGUAUGCGAUUUCACUGAUAUGACAAUUGGAUAUAUAAGUGGAUAUUUAGCUCUUCAAGUAUUAGCUACAAUUGGUUUGUUUUAUGUUGGAUGGAAAAAAUUCGGAGCAUCUAUAGCUGAUUUCCUCGAUGAAGAAAUUGAGUGUGACGCGGACCCGCGUAAUGGCAGUUUGAAUUCAAACAGCCUUUACGCGGAAGCCGCGCUGUGGCUACUCAAACAAACCGCCAAUCGACGACAUAUAUGCACAAUAAGCAUAUUAUAA